UCCCCACAGAGCAAUGGCAGCCGGAAGCAGGGUAGAGGCUUAGCCCUACGGAGCAAUGGCUGUCCCAAGGAAACCAUAGAGACUGGGGUCCAGAGGAGGCGUCGCGUACCAUAGAGUGGCUCUGUGUCCGGCCUAGAGCGCUUCCCCGGCCCGCUCAUUGACUCUCCCCCAAGAUGGCGCAGCAGGUGAACAUCACGGAGCUGACGCUGCCGCAGCUCGAGGUGCUGAAAAACCAGCUGGACCAGGAAGUGGAGUUCCUCUCCUCCUCCAUCGCCCAGCUCAAGGUGGUGCAGACCAAGUACGUGGAAGCCAAGGACUGUCUGAAUGUGCUCAACAAAAGCAAUGAAGACAGCAGACAAUGCCCGAGAUUUCUUCAAAAGGAAGAUCGACUUCCUGACCAAACAGAUGGAGAAAAUUCAGCCGGCACUGCAGGAAAAACAUGCCAUGAAACAAGCUGUGAUGGAAAUGAUGAGCCAGAAGAUCCAGCAGCUAACGGCCAUGGGGGCUUCACAGGCUGCAGCAACGAAGGCAUAGCCUUUGGCAUUGGUCCCCCGGGCCCCGCACGCCGUGGCUUGACUGAGGCAUUUUGUUCUGUUACGAGCAGAGUCUUAAAAUCACCGAGGAAGCAGCUGGGGCCGAAACCCUCCCAGCCCUCGGGAGGCAUCUGCUCUUUGUGCUGGUGGCUGUUACGUGCGCGCAGUGUCUUAAAUGCAAACCUGGGGGAAACGCUUCCCCUUUUGUAUGUGGCAGGUGAUAUCAAUGUGCAAGAUAAAUUAAAGCAGUGCUGAACGGUA